UGCUGCCGCAGCAUCCCCAGUGCACUUCAGAUAUCGCUUACGGCAGGACGUGUUUGCUCGUCGUCGUCGUGCCGUUCGUUCGCGCGCGCGUAUCGUAGUGAGCUGUGGUUCGGUUUGCGAGAUUGCGUUUUUGAUAGUCUCGCGCCAGAAGCGAGGUGACACUGAAACGGUCGCUGGAUUGAAGUUAUCUGUUCGUCGUCUAAGCGCUGGGCGACAUCAGUGAGAAACCAGUUUUUGCCGUGCGUGUCUCUGUGUGUUUGGUAGCGCUGGUUAGUUGUUGUUUUGUGCGCUUUUUGUGUUUAACCAACCACCGUUCGGUAUUGGUUGUUUCUCUUGGCAGCUACUGUGAUGUGCUGUGGCGUGAACAAGUGAACCUUAUCCGAAAUCCAAGGGAACAGUGUUGUUGGCCCAGGAGGCCAAAGACCAGGAUACGCAAAACAUGGCAGUGACGUGGCAGUGACCGAGUUCGAGUACCGUGUAACCUAGUUUAGUGUAGUUAUCUCGAAGGCACCCGAUCGCUUUACGAAACAAUACGAAACACGAUCUAACCUUGGCGAUCGCUGAUGCUGAUGUGCGCCGAACUGUGUAGUCAGCACGCUACUUCUCCGUAUCCGUACAAUGGAUAAUCCGACCUACGGUUCCGCGCACAUGUCCUCGCCCGCGCUCGUAGUGUUCUCUCAAGCGACGAACGGAUUAAGCGACGCAUUGCGCAUCCAGCGACCAUUUCAUUCGCAACUCCCGGACGCCAAGGAUCUGCAUCAUCUGUCGCUGAUGAGUGGGUACGGGGCGCACCUGCUGCACGGCUUUCAGCCCCACUUUCUCCAUCCACUCAAUCCGGCCGUAUCGACCGCCAGCGGCACCAGCCCGUUUGGUGGUGGCGGUGCCUUCGUCAAACCGUUCCCUUCCAACCUGCCCCUACCGUCGGCCUUUGCCCCACCGAAAUGUCUCGGAUUUGGCAUCGAUCAAAACAUCUUCUCCAAGGGUUUGCUGUUCGGUUCGUCGGGUGGCUCGGGUUCCGAAUCCUUCCGGACGGACUCGUCCAGCCCGGCAUGCACCUCACUGUCACCGCCCGCCAAGGACGAAUCGAUGGAGGGCCAAACGAGCGAAGAAGGUGACCGGGACCGGGAUCGCAUUUGCAGCCCACCGGAGCGAAGUCCAGAGACGCCCGGAUUCAGACGUAUUGGGCCACCGAAGAAAUCGUUCAUCGGUACACCGCCACCGAACGGGUGUCCGGUCUGUGGCGUGCAGCUCUCACCAAGUGACCUGGAGACCCACUUCUCCGCGGAGCUGACGCGGCUCACCAAGAUGACGUCGCACGCCGAGCGGAUCGAGCUGCGGCGAACGCUCAGCGUCGACAUGCACACGGUCCAGAACAACCUGCAGGGCCGAACGAGCCGCUGGGAGACGUUCAAGAAUAUUCGCAACAAACGUCAGGAUCGGCUGCGCGGGAAGCUACGGAAGCGGAAGUUUGACGGUGAGGAUGGAUUCGGGUUGCAGCUGACCAACAUCAACUGCCAAUCGUGCCCGGUGUGCCAUGGACGGUUGCAGCGGACCCAGGAGGAGAUUGCGCAACACAUCGAGGAGUGCGUCCGAAAGCAACAGCAUCAGCAUCAACAUCAGCAGGCGCAACAAUCGCAGCAGGCGCAGCAGGCGCAGCAGCAACAGCAACAGUCACCAGCGGGCCACCAGAUGCACCCGGGACAUCACCACCAUCACCAUCCGCACCAUCAUCAUCACCAUCAGCAACAGUCGGCUGGCCAGUCGGCAGCGUCCGGUGGUCCUCCACAACCGCCACCAUCAUCCCAUCCACCAUCUUCGGGGCACGCGUCACCCCAGGACGAGGAUGAAACCGUUGACGUGGAAAGUUACGGCGAUGAAACGUCAAACGGUGCGAUCAACAUGUCCUCGAACGUGAUCCACCAUACCAGUGUGGCGACGGGGGGUGGUGGCCCAAUGCUCCACCAUCACACCAACAAUACCAGCAACAAUAACAACAACAACAACACCAUCAUCAAACCGGAUACGCUGAACUCCGGCAAGCAUCCACUGGAGGAGAGUGCCAUCAGUUCCCUGAGCUCAAUCGUACCGCACUGGGAUCGGGUCGCCAAGGGUCGCCUGGGUAUGCCGCUCGGUUGCAAGCCCACGAUGGAAGAUCCGCGCCCUUGGGCGACCGGAUUGAAGCCAAGGUUGUUGUCGGGAUUCGAGGGAGCCUCGGUAGCGGGUCCACCACCGGCGGGAGUGCCACCGAUCACGGGGGCCGAUCACACGAUCACGCGCGUCACACCGACCAGCAGUGAUCAACGGAUCGACGUGGAUUACGAUCCGGAGCAUGGCGAUCACAGUCAGGACAUGGUGACGGAUAACGAUGAGGAAGUGAUUGUCGAUAAUACCGACGAUGAGGAAGCGUGCGUGAAGCGACCAGCGCCAGCGCCAGCGCCACGACCGAGCCAUUUGACUCAGCUGAACGGCCAUGGAGCGACGGUGGCGUCGAUUGCGAAUG